AUGGCCAGGAGUGCCCCUCGGGUCCAGGUCUCCUCUCUCCCGCAGGCGCCCGGCUCCCAGCCUGAUGCCCCUGGCCACCAGAAGAAAGUGGUGUCAUGGAUAGAUGUGUACGCUCGUGCCACCUGCCAGCCGCGGGAGGUGGUGGUGCCCCUAACUUUGGAGCUCAUGGGCACUGUGGCCAAACAACUGGUACCCAGCUGUGUGACUGUGCAGCGCUGUGGCGGCUGCUGCCCUGACGAUGGCCUGGAAUGCGUGCCCACUGGGCAGCACCAAGUCCGAAUGCAGAUCCUCAUGAUCCGGUAUCCGAGCAGUCAGCUGGGGGAAAUGUCCCUGGAAGAACACAGCCAGUGUGAAUGCAGACCAAAAAAAAGGGAGAGUGCUGUGAAGCCAGACAGCCCCAGGCCCCUCUGCCCACGCUGUACCCAGCGCCACCAGCGCCCUGACCCCAGGACCUGCCGCUGCCGCUGCCGACGCCGCAGCUUCUUCCGUUGCCAAGGGCGGGGCUUAGAGCUCAACCCAGACACCUGCAGGUGCCGGAAGCUGCGAAAGUGACACAUUGCUUUUCAGACUCAGUGGGGCCACUUGCCUCACAGGCCACACUCCAGAGGGGGCCUAAAGGGCCUGGGCCUCUCCGAGGGCUUUCUGGCCAUCUCUUGUCUCUGCAAGGCUGCCAUCCAACAUGGUGGGCAGAGUUGGAUGAGACUUGGAGGCAGCAAGAGGGGUCGCGUACCAGCUUGGGAGAGAAUGGGGUCCUGUUUCAGUGUUUAACCGCCCUGUGUAAGUGUGCGUCUUACAGCUGGCCCCUCCCUGCCCUUACUAAGAAGACCCUGAUGCUCUGCAAAUAAUGGGAGUUGGGCUUUGGUAUGAGAACUGUGACCCCCCGACCCUGAUAAAAGAGAUGGACAGAGCUA